CACUGAUCUCUCUAACCCCCAACUCUCACUUCCGUUAAUCCGAAACACUUCCCGCUCGCUCCCAUGACAAAUCCCUAUGCCGUCUUACCUCCUGCAAUAUCCUUCGGGUUUCACCAAUCCCCGCAUGUACCUGAAGACAGAGAUGAACUCGAAGUCCCGUCAAAUGUCGAUUGUUCAACACAAGGCGUUAAUGGCAUUAACAGAAAGGGCAGCAUUCAGGGUAGAUGUGGAAAAGGAGAGGUGGAGGAGGAGGAGAAGCUUAAGCCGCGUCUUGACGGUUGAGCCAGGCCGAGGAUAGUGGUGGUGUAUCCAAAGUCCAGCAAAGGGCCCAUUUCAGAAGCCAUUGAUCGUCUGGAGAAGCUGGUAAUGCAGCUAAUGUACGACUCAUCCCGUCCUCAGCAUUAUCUGUCCGGAAACUUUACUCUGGUUACAGUUGAGACACCUCCGACCACUGACCACCACAGAGUGCCUAAACGGACAAUUCAUGCGGGUGGGUCCGAACGCCAAGUUUCCCCUUGUAGCCGGAUACCAUUGUUUUGAUGGAGAUGGAAUGAUUCAUGGACGGCGCAUCACAAAUGGAAUAGCAUCAUGUUGUUCAGAUUUUGGAAAAUGGGCACUUGCAAACUACGACAAGAGUCUCAUUAAUUCUUUUACGGCGCAUCCCAAAAUCGAUCCCUUCACAGGUGCCAUCCGUCACGUACCGAGUUAUGUCCAGAGAUGGGUUCAUGCACAAACCAGUGCCGAUCACGAUACCAGAGCACAUCAUGAUGUACAACUUUGCCAUCAUUGAGAGCUAUGCCAUAUUCAUGGAUCUUCCG